GAUGGGGAGAAACCAAAGAAGUACACAAAAAAGGAUAAGCUCUACAGUUUUAAAAUAUAUAGCAACGAAAAUUCCGAAUGGGUGUGUGGUACACACUGUGGAUUUUACAUUGGGUCUGUGAGAAAUUCGUUUAUUUCAAAUAAAAUGGAUAUGUUCUAUGACAAUGUUGAAAACGUGGACGAAAUUGUCGGGACACAUUUUCCAAGCACUUUCUCAGUCGAGCACAUCGUCGCGUUGCAGUGGGCGUAG